GAAUGCAAAAUCUAAAAUGAAUCAUAUUGGCUACGCAGGUUCUAUGUGUUAACUUAUGUAUGGCUACAUCUGUGUGUAUAUGUAUCUUGUUUCUGGUAUGUAUUUAUGAAUUAAUGUGUGUGUUUUGAAACAAUCAUGAACGCGUGGAUUUUAUCUCGGCAAUAAUGCAAUGAUGUAAUCUCGUACGUGCAGCGGUGUGUGUGGGGGGUAUACGUGGUGUAAUGUAGGGUAUAUGUGUUGGACAUUUGUCGGGUGUACGUGGUGUGAUGUAGUGGUAAUUCAACAAUGUACCGUCCGUUAUCACUCCAGCUCGCGAUGAAGGUCUUCCCAUGGCGUGCCAGAAGCUAUUUGUCCAUACUUCACCACAAUAAUCAGUCAAGGUGCGAACCUCACUCAGGACCGGUUCAGAUCUCACUCGCCGCUGAUGUGCAGUGCGCUGCCAAUAUCAGAUACAGUAUUCAUUCUUAACAUAUAUACGCAUUACCAGCUGACUUUUAAAUGCUAUGCAUUGAAGCAGAAACUACCCAUAUGUAAACAAAGACAACGAUCACCUGCUCAGCCUUUAGCUUGUGCGAGCAAGUGACUGUUACGAAGCACUGAGCUCAGUACCACGCCCAUUGCUGAUCGGCUCACACAACCACACCGGCUACUUAUUCAAGGCUGAGUCGAGCUAGAGGUGGCCCAAACCGGGCUCACGCGGCACGUGUCCCACCGAUGUUAUCCAACGCCGAUCGGCGCAGGCUUGCGGUGCAUUUCCACAAGCCGCUGCUGCACAACCCCCCCCCACCCAAUCCGCACACACAUUGCGCGUUCACUAAAAGCCAGGGUAUCAACGUAGACAUUAUUGCAAGGCGCACGUAUCUGGGGUAUAUGCGUGUCUGGCGGGGCCAUUGUACAUCAGUGAAUAGGGUAGCAGUCUCCACCCCCACCACUCCUCCCUCGCUCACUGCUCCGGCAACAUGAACCAACCCCUCGUCGCCACCCCCACCACCACCGCCGCUGCCACAUACUUUCCACGCAGUCUCAUUCUGCGAGAUUUUUUUUUUGCCACCAAAGAUGUGAGCCAGACAAAGAGUGGCGCGCGGUCUCUCUCUCUCUCUCUCCCUUAUCGCUCUCUCUCUUCUCUGUGCCUGGCCCUGCCUACCGCCAGUGGGCUGCGUGGCUAAUUCAGAAAGCGGCGUCUUUCGUGGGGUUUUAUUGGAGGGGGGGGUUCUGGGGUAUUCCUCUGGACCGGUCCGCUUACCGACGCAACCCCAACCUAGCCAACAACACUUCUUCCCCCGUCGCUCCGCGAAUUUCAUCAACGCUUGCCCAGCGGGAGACGUGCGGGGUUGAACGCUGAAGGGGGGGGGGGAAACAACCCCAACCCCGGUCCGGCCCGCUCAUCCACCACCUCCAACCCCACCACCUCCUCCUUGGAAGCAUCUCCACUGCAUCUCCGCCCUGCGCCCGGCACGCCGUCCGGCCGCCCGUCGUGACGUCUCGAGGUCUCGGAAGACGCGGAAGACGCUCCGGGGAAGGAAAUCAAGAGAAACGAAGAAUGCGUUCUCGUUGCAUCAACGGCGGAGGCUUUUUAUUCUUCAUUCACGCGUUGAGCGGGCGGCUACGGCGCUGAGACCCCCGCGGGGCCAACCCAGCACGUGAUUCGGUUCUCCCGAGGUUCCGGCGGGCGGUGCUAUUUGAUUUUAUUCGCCCUACCGAGGGGUAGGAGGAAGUAGGAAGAGGAGAGCGAGACAGAGUUUCCAGUCGCCGAUCGAUUUUGGCGUGCGGGCGUCCGUGCAGGGUGCAUGCUGUGCCUGGGGGAGUCGAACUUCUUCCGGUUCAACCACCCGGCGCAGGCGAUCCGUCUGCGCAGUGGACUGCAGCCCGCUGUCGCACAGGAUUUAAGCAACAUGAUGAAUGGCAACCACAAGUCUAAGCCCAAGAGCCAGACUACCUCGCCCGGCGUCCUAGCGGGUACCAAAGCCAGCUCCUCGCCCGGCCGCUCCUUCGUGGGCCCUUCCACCGUCCCUCCAUCGCCCGGCGCCGACUCGAGCCCCUCCCCCACCGUCCACCGGGGGCCUUCCAACGUGCCGACGUCCGCCUCCAACGCGCAGUACCAGACGAACCUCAAGCUGUACAUGGGCUCGCUGGGCAAGCAGUCGCUGGCCCCCAACUCUCCCGUGACCAAGUCGGCGCCGGCGGACGCGACUCCCGGCAACUCGCGCUUCUCCUCCUCGUCCUCCUCCUCCUUCGCGACGGUCGCCACGACGACGGCCGCGACGCCGUCUCCCACGAGCCCCGGCAACAUGUCGGUGGGCUCCUCCGGCUUCCGCGAGGACCCCAACAACUCCGCCUCGCCGCUCUCGACCGCCUCCCCGCUCUCGUCGCCGUCGGCGACCGGCAGCUCCAACGGCCGCUCGGACGCCGUCCCCGUGCCGGCCCCGCGGUCGUCGAGCUACACCCGCGGCGCCGCCGCGCCGCCGGCGCGAGCGUACGGCGCGAGCGGAACGGCCUUGGCCCUCGCAGGCUGCGGCGGCGACGACGAGGAGGAGGAGGAGGAGGAGGAGGAGGAGGAGGAGGAGUCGCGGUCGAGGGGCGCGCGCCACUCGGACGCGGGCGGCCGCCCGGGCGGCAGGGGCUCGCACGAUGGUUACUGGAGCGAGAGCGGCCGUGACUUGGACGCGUACGGCUUGGCUGCGGCCGGAGGAGGAGGCGGAGGAGGAGGCGGAGGAUCCCAGUACCUCCCGCCAUCUUCCUACGACGGCGGGAGGUACGAGCGCGGCCGCAAAGAGCCGUGGGACGUCCUCUCUCCGAGCGACCGCGACGGCCGUCGGGACGCGUGGGAGGGCGGCCCCUCGUCGGACGGCGGCGGCCGGCGUGCGUGGGACCGCCGCCUGCUCGCCGGCGGUGGCGGCGACUUCGACCUGGCGUCGCUCCGCGGUGGCCCGCUGGGCUCCUCCAGCGUCGACGUGAGCCGCUUCAGCCCCGUCGGGCCGUGCCGCCAAUCUUCGAGCGUCCCCUCCAGCCCUCGCCUGCCGUCCAAAUUCCAGCACCAGCAGCAGCAGCAGCCUCCGACGCCGGGCCAGAGGUCCAGGGCCCUGCAGGAGUACUCCCAGAACCAGUGGCGCGAGCAGUACCUGCAGGACGCGAGCGUGCUGGCGCGCUACGGCAUCGCCAUGAGCGACUUUGGCGACGGGCACGCGCUCGCAAGCUACGGCGGCCGCCGUUCGCCCGCGGGGCCGGGCCGGGCGGCCGACAAUUGCCGCGGCGCGAGGGAGCCCCCGCCGGCGAGCCCCUCGUCCGUCCGCCGCGCCCUCGCCUACCACUCGCCGCUCAAGCCCACGCAGUCGACGCCGGCGCUCAACUGGCUGCCCUCCUCCUCCGCCGCCGCCUACCCAUCCUCCGACUCGCCGGACGUCACGGCGCCGCCGUCGGGACACUACUACCACAAGCGGACGGGCCGCGCUGGCGGCGGCGGCGGCGGCCUCGACAGCCCGCUGCUCUCCCGCCGGGCCCAGCAGGCGGGCACGUUCGAGCGGAGCCCCUCCCCCGGCUUGCCCUCCGACGCCCGCCGCGGCCGCCCCUACGACCCCGAGCCCCCGCCGGCGCCGUCCGUCCUGGGCGCCCUCCCUCCCAGGCCGAGGCCUCAGCCCCGGGCGGGCGCCGGCAGGAGCCCGAGCCCGGCGCAGGCGUACGUGCCGGCGGCGCCGCAGCCGCGGCAGAGGACGAGCUCGCUGGGCGGGCAGGGAGUGUCGCGGGCGCUCGCCAGGGCCGCGGGUGCCGCCUCCUCCGCGGGCGUCGCGCCGGCGCUGUCGCCGAUGACGGGGGGGGGCUUCCGCCCGCGCAAAAACAGCAUCUCGGAGAUCGGCGCGGACGAGGGAGAGCUGAUGGACUACCACCGGCGCCAGCGCGAAGAGCGGCUGCGCGAGCAGGAGAUGGAGCGGCUGGAACGGGAGAGGCUGGAGACCAUCCUGAACCUGUACACGGGCGUGGGGCUGGGCCCUGAGCGUGGAGCCCCCCUCUCGACGGACAGCUCCACUGCUGGGGGGGGGCCGCAGGCCCAACGCGGUGACGGUGGGGGGGCCGCAUGCCUCCACGGCGAGAUGUCUCGACUGCGGCUCGGAGACGACGCUCGCUCCGCACGGCUGCUGGCGCCCACCGUGGGAGCGGCGCGGGGCUCCUGCGCGGACGGCGCGGAGAUGGAACGCUCGGCGGGGCGAGCGACGGAGCGGGAAGCCGGCGGGAGCGGGGGUUGCGGCGGGGCCGGGGAGAGCAGCAGCACAGAGAGCGCGCACCUCGUGAGCGCCGUGCACCUCGACGACGACUCGUCGGAGGAGAACCGCCACCUCCGCUCGCCGCCGGCGCGCCGCGACGCCGGAGUGGACGUGGAGGCGGCGACGUUGCCGCCGCCGCCCCCCCCCGCGUCUCUGUCGCCGCGAGAGCCCCGGUCCCCCGGCUCGGCGGGGGACCGGGGCACCCCGCCAAGCCGGGCGACUUGCUCCCCCGGCGACGCCCACGCACGCCACGAGCUCGGGCGUCUGGGCCGCGAGCGAGCCCAGACGCUCGCCAGCGUGGAGGAGCUCAAGCAGCGCAUCGCCGAGAUACAGAGCCAGCUGGACGAGUCGAAUCGCGAGCUGGAGCUGGAGAGAGCUCUGCUGCAGGGUGAGAGGGACUCGGAGAUCUCCUUGCAGGCGCAGGAGGAGCGAGCGGUGAUACAGCUGCGAGACCGCGUCUCGCAGCUCGACGUGGGGGUCAAGCUGGACAAGGAGAAGGAGAGGGCAAUGCUUGCGGCGGCUCGGGAGCAGCUAGGAAGCCUCCGCAGCGCACACCUAGACGCGCGCAGGCAGCUAGACACCUGCCCCGAGGCAUUGCGAGAGCACUUGCAGCAGCAGCUGAGAAGGGAAGCCGAGCGUCUCGAGGUUGAGACGAAGACCUUCGAGGACCUGGAGUUCCAGCAGCUGGAGGGGGAGAGCCGCGCGGAGGAGGAGAGGGAGGCCUCGAGCCAGCGGCUCCUCGCUGACGUCAGCAACCUCCAGACGAGCAUCGCCACGCGAAAGGAGAAAGUGGCGGCACUGGAUGGGGAGGGGCGGCAGCUAUCCCAGCAGGCCUUGCAGGAGCAGGAGCGCCUCCACCGGGAGAAGAACCAGCUGGCCCACCGUCUCCACCGGGAGAGGGCAUGGCUGUCCGAGCUGGACGAGCGCUACGCUCUGCUCACCGGGGGCAAGCGACUGCCCAUCGCCCCAGCGCCGCCCACGCAGGGCUACUGGCAGCUCUCUGACAUCUACCGCUUCUACUGCGAGCCCGCGGGCACGGAGGCGUGCGAGCCGUGCGUGGUACCCACUGCCGCUGCCUCCCCCUCCCCUCCGAGUUCUCUCUCUCUCACUCCGCCUCUCAGCCAGCCACAGGAGUACAUCACACUGGACCAAAUCUAUGAGCUGUACGGCUCCCCUCUCAUCUCCGCGGAAACGCCCCUUGACCCCACUCCCUUCGCCAUGCCAACCCCUCCCGUCACCGUGCCGACGUCCCCUCUGCCUGAACUGGAGAACGAUCUGGGCACUGAGCACAUGAUUAGGCGGUUCCUGUCACCUGACCAAGAGGCCUCUUGCCAAGUGCCGCCCCCUCUGCCGGUCAAAAUGCGCUUUACGCUGGGGGCCCAGGGCGGCCGGACGAGCGGCGAAAAGCGCCGCCUGCAGAGGGAGACGUCCACGCAGAGUGACAUCAUCACCACGUCGUCGUCGUCGUCACGGCAACCCGCCCGCGGCGCUCCCGAGCAUCACGCGUCGCCGUCCGGCGCAGCGCACGGGAAGAGGGUGGGCGGCGUGGCUCUGGGGAGCAGCACGCUGCCCCGCAACCUGCGCAGCUCCCACGAGGAGGGCAUCGCCAUGGCCUCCAAGCGGCCGCCCCCGGGCCCCCCCCCACGAGGUAAACACAGGAAAGGCACCAGGAAGGGCUUGCGUAAGAAAGGUCAAACCAGGCGAGGAAUGGAUGUGGGAGAGAUCGGGCCUGAGCCACCAUGGCACAGGGACGGUCACCGUGGCAACACGGCCGAGCGGUCAUGUGACUCCAUCAGCCUGGGCAGCUCGGACAGCCUGGACACCAACGCUUCGCCCGACGACAUCUCCAGUGCCAGUGGGCCGGACAGUGCGCGGUUUGAGGAAAUGGAGAGGCUUCUCCGAGAAGCCCAAGCCGAAAAGUCCCACCUCCUGCAGACAAAGGACCGCGAGAUGGAGAUGGAGCGCCAGGCGCUGGAGGAGGAGCGGAGGCUGCGGGAGGCGCUGGAGGAGCGGCUCGCGGAGGAGACGCACCGGCGCCAGCUGCUCAUCGAGAAGGAAGUGCGGCUGCGCGAGCGCCACAAGGCACAGGCUCGACCGCUCACGCGCUACCUCCCGAACCGCAAGGAGGACUUUGACCUGCGCGCGCACGUGGAGGGCGCGGGCCACAGCGUGGAGACGUGCUACCACGUGACGGUGACGGGGAAGACCUGCCGCGGCUUCCUCACCAAGAUGGGCGGCAAGAUCCGCACGUGGCGCAAGCGCUGGUUCCUCUUCGACCGCAACAAGCGCACGUUCUCGUACUACGCCGACAAACACGAGACGAAGCUGAAGGGGCUCAUUUACUUCCAAGCCAUCGAGGAAGUUUACUACGACCACCUCAAGAGCGCCCACAAGAGCCCCAGCCCAUCGCUGACAUUCUGCCUCAAGACGAACGAGCGGGUCUUCUACCUGGUGGCGCCCUCGCCGGAGGCCAUGCGCAUCUGGAUGGACGUCCUGGUGACGGGCGCCGAGGGGUACACGGGGUUCUGAUGCGCGGGACCUCGAGGCCGCUCGCGGCCACGGGGCGGGGGGGGUGGCGACGAGCGGCCGUCGGGAUGACGACACCGCGGACGCUCGCCCGGUGUCGCGUCACGGACGCUGGCGACGCCGCGGGUGCGCGCUCCCUCGUGGCGUCACGGCCGCUCGGAAAAUCGUGGACGGGCCGCGACGCCGCGACAGCUCGCUCGCCGACGACCGCGUCGCCGAGGUUGCCGAUCGCGACGUGGCGAGCGUGCGCCCUCCUUGGCCCGGCGCCGUCGGGAUCUCCCGCCCGCGACACCGCAGACACUCGGUGCUGUCGGCUCCCCGUUGCCCAUGCAAGUACCAAGCUCCAAGCCUUGCCAUUGCUCCUCCGCCUACGACGGUCGAUGUUCGGUCGGCAUCCGUCGUGAUUUCUCACUCAGCUGAGUGUGCCGCGUGAAGGCUGCCAUCCUCCACUCCUGCCAAUCACUGACUGACUGCCUCCGCCUAUAUAUAUAUGAAAUAAGUAAUUAUGCUCAGUUUCUAAUACGGCGUCUGGAGAGACCGUUGCACAUAGCUGCUUUAUACAUCCGAAUGGUAUUGUAUCGCGUUAAUCGGUGCGUAGCGAGUACGCACACCUGUUCCCCCUGCCGUCCAUGCUGUCGACUCCCUGCGCCGGUCAAAGCCCAUGGCCUGGUUUAUUUUUCCUCUGCACGCGACUGCCUGAUUGGCCCGCGUCUCUCUCUAAUAACAAAAUACGGCCCAACCGCUUCCGCUCGGCGUCUCCGGACGCGGCCGCGUUGGGACGCCGUCCGUGAAGCCGCGUUGCGUUCAAUUUGCUGACCGCAGCGCCAGCGACGGACUUCGAGAAGCCAUUCCUGACGAGGGCUCUUGCGCGCGGCAGGCGGCUCGACGGGGCGCCACCACCCGCCUUGCCUUUCGCAAACAAAACACGAGCGGACCUUGUUGCGCCCGUACGGCGCACGUGCACGAGCCCACGCGUCACAUGUGCCGCGCGCGCGUUGUGUUGCACGUGCACGUGGAGUUGCAACGGGCCCCCGAAUGACACGCGGAACGUCGGCAGCCAGAACGCGCAAACUGGUGCUCGCAGAUUUGCACACGUGUGCCUCCUGCCCUGCCUGCCUGCCUGCAUUGCUGUGGCUGCGGUUGGGGUUGGUGGUGCCGGGGGGGAGGGGAGGGAGGGAGGGCGGUCAGGACCUAAGGACAUUCUCUGCACUGGACCUCCCCCCCGCCCCCUGCCCACAUGCCCCCCGCACGAACUUAAUGCUGCCUGGAGUCUUCCCCGUGGAAAUAGCCGUUGGUGCUUUAUUAAGGGAAUACAAGGCCAAAAUAUCAUUCGGAAAUUCUCUGACAGGUUUUUUUCUUCCCCCUCCUUUGAAAUGGCUCAUCUGUGUGUAUGUGUGUGUGGUGCGUGUGUGUGCUAGGUUUGUGAAGGGUUGACUCCUUCGCGAUUCGAUUCGUCUACUGGUGUCCUCUCUUUCGAUCGCGGUUAAAGGUAGCGUUCACGAGUGGCAGCGAGGGGACCGCGUGAACCCGGCGGGUGGGCGUCUGGCGUGCGCCUUGAGCCUGAGAAUCGUCGUCAAUCGACGAUUCGGGUCGCGCUGUCGGCGCAACUUCUGCCACGUCCUUCUUGAGACGCGGCGGCAUUUCACCAUCAGUCGCCAAUCAUCGGCCACGGUCGAUCCACUGCUGGAUGGAUCGGGGCCUCCCCCCCCUGCCCGUCGCCAUCUCGCGUUGCUGCGACGUGAGCGCCUUUAGGUUUGGAUGCCCACGUCCAAGAUUGUGUCGUGUUCGCCGUGCUCCCAGCAUGCACAGCACACGCACCGCGCACGAACAGAGCGGGUGGCUGAAAGAUUUUGAGAGCGAGAUGCUCGAUAAAUGUUGCAUCAACCUUGCCAUUGCUCACGUUACAGUGGUAGAACAAGUUACGUUUAUUGCUUUGUAUGUCUCUGUCGAGACACGGAUGUUGCCGGUACAUUUAACAACAACUGGUUCGCACAACAUAGUUCGCGCUCGCUCUUACAUGUAUAUGGUACGAUGUAUGCAUCUUAAUGAUGCGUAUUCAUCACCUAAGCACACAGCAUAUAUUCGUUUUUAACACUUAAGCUUCUAUUUCUUUUGUGGGCCCAAUUAUCUUAAUGUACCUUGCGGUGGCCGGACAGGUGAGUGGUCAGCACUCUAGGUACUGUAUCCUGAUCCCCACCCCAACCCACGGACGACGAUUCGACGAUUCAAGGUCACGAUUCGAUUUGAGAAUCGCACCUUUAAACGCUGCGGUGAAUGUGAGCGGCCGGUAGUGGCUGCGAGGGGUGGGGGCGAGGGAGAGAGGGGCGGUCGUGGGAAUCCAUUUUUCACGAAGCGCACGUGAUUCCGUGCGCGGUCCGCAAGCUUGUGGAAUUUUAAAUUAACCCUUUCCCGUUCCGAGAAGGUCUGCAAGUUGCAGGGUUGUGGGUCACGUUCACUGCCCAAUUUCGGAACGCGUGAGCGGCUCGACGUUGAUUUUAUUAAGAGAGGCGCAGCGCCGUUGUUUUUAAAGACAGUGUGCUCACCGCGGAGAACCGUAGCGACACGACCGCACUCUACGAUAGUGAAGUUCAUUAUACGGUACCCAGAGCCAUUGGAACGGAAUCAGAAGAAAAACUGACGACGUACGAGUACGUACUCUGUGGUUCUAUUGGGUAAAGUCACGUAGGUGAAAAUAAAAUAACAAAAAAUCACGACGUUUCGGCCACAACACAAGCGGCCUUCAUCAGGUGAAGGGACGAGACUGUCUGGAGGGCAGCGCUGGAGUGGAGUACGUGCGUGCUCGUACGUCGUCGGGAUAGGAAAGGGUUAAAUCGAUGCGCCGUCGUACCCCCGAGUCGGCACGCUCGGCACUCUCGCCCGGUGGUUCUCAGAUUGUGGUCCCCGGUGCCACCACGAGGUGGCCCGCGACGCUCCUCCAGGUGCUCGGCGUGGCCGUGAUGCAAACGCAGGUUGAUCCGCAAAUAAUAAUGUGCGCACAUACCUUUCGUUUCGGACGUGAAUUCGUAUUUUACUCGUGAUAUUUCACUUUAAAAAAUGAAGUUAGGUAAACUACCGUGAUUAAACUCCCCUAAAACCUAAGAUCGAAAUUCCGCCCAUUGAAAAAAAAAACUUUAGAGCUGUGUAAAAAGUAUUUUUAUUCGUUCGUUUCUAACUCCGCUUGUCCUGGCCAGGGUCGCGGUGGCAGCGUGUUGAGUAGGGCGAUCCACACCUCCCUUUCCCUUGCGACAGACUCGAGCUCUACAUUACUAUACACUACUAAACACUACACUAUACACUACACUACUAUACACUACACUAUACACUACACUCC